AUGGCGCAGGUCUUGAGGAAGAAGAUCCGCGAAGUGCUGCUCCAGGCCCCCUUCGACUGCUCCGAGAACCACGCGUCCGACUUCGAGCAAGACUUCUCCCGGGCGCGCGCCAGCUGCUGCUCCGAGACGAGGCGCGACAGCGCAGCCUUCGGCGCGGCGCUCGCCGCGCGGCAAGGUAGCAAGCCUGGGCGGCGCCUCCGGCGCGCGCCCCGCGAGAGGUUCGGGGACACCCUGCUCCUGCUGCUGGGCCACUGGGCACCCCCGGACGGCGCGCGCGAGUUCGUGGAGGUGCGGCUGGAGGGCCUGGCAGCCCCUGGGCCGGUCACCGUGCUCCCGGGCCUGGGCGACGGCCAGGACGCGCGCCUGGGCGUGGCCUACCUGACGGCCGAGGGCGGCCUGCGGCGGGAGGCGCUGUUCGCGUGGUCGCUGGGCAUGCAAGCCGCCGUCGCAGGCAUGCGCUGCUGCUGUGGCCGCUCGGCGGCGUUCCCGGAGAUGAGAGUAGCCGCCGUUGUGCUGCCCUACAUCAAGUCGCGGGACGCGCUGCUGAUAACACGGCGGGCCGCCCGAGGGGGCUCCUACAACUCCAUGUGGGUCUUCCCCGGCGGCGCGGUCGACGCCGGCGAGGCCGCGCCGGACGCGGCGUGCCGUGAGCUGCUGGAGGAGACGGGCGUGAAGUUGCGCCGGGAGUCGCUCGAGUUCCUUUGCGCCUACCAGGCCAGGAACGAGGCGCUGUGCUUGACCUACCUCAUGCUCAUCUACUCUGGGGAGGCGGAGGAGCCGUGCCCGCUGCGCCUGUCGAGGAAGGAGGUCGCCCAGGCCGCCUACCUCACCUCGGCCGCGGCCGACCUGCUUCUGCGCGGCGCCCCGGCAGCCGAGCCCGGCAGCCCGGAGGGGCGGGCGCUCGUAGACGGCGUGGCCCACGGCGCUUUGGAGGAGGAGCUGGUCAGCAGGCCAGUGGCGCUGCACGAGCUGCGGCUGGCGCUCGACGGCGCGACGGCCACGGGACCUGGCAUAGGCGCGGGGCACUGGUUUGCCCUGCGGGAGUGGCGGAGACGGCGGCGGCCGCCCGCGCUGACGCCCGCCACGGCGGUGAGCUGGUGA